AUGCAUCAAGUUAAUGACUCAUUAAUAAUAAGUGCAUUAGCUCAAUACUGGCUACAUCUAUCAGUGUUACUCAUCGUAUCGUUACUGGUCAAGAACCGCUUCAACAAUGGGUUGCAAAGAUAUCCAGGCCCCUUCCUCGCUUCAAUCACAGACUGGUGGAGGUUUUGGGAUGUAUACAAGCAGAGACCAGAAGUAACGCAUCAAAAGUUGCACGCCAAGUAUGGCGACGUCGUGCGCUUGGGUCCCAACAACUUGUCCUUUGCGGACCCAAAGGCUUUAAAGUCCAUAUACGGCUUGAACAAGGGAUUCGUCAAGUCGGACUUUUAUAUCGUUCAACAAUCCGUAGUCAAGGGCCAUCGUCUCGCGUCACUGUUCAGCACCACCGACAAUGACUUCCACUCGCAAUUCCGAAGGUCUGUCAAUGCGGCGUUCAGCAUGUCAGCGUUGGUACAGUAUGAGCCCUUCGUAGAUAACACUACGAAGCUCUUCCUGGAUCAGACGGAGAAGCUGUUUGCCAACAACAUUGACGGCUGCGACUUCACACGCUGGCUGCAGUUCUAUGCAUUUGAUGUCAUUGGCGAAAUCACUUACUCCAAGCGGCACGGUUUCGUAGAGAAGAACGAGGACAUUGACGGCAUAAUCACUUAUCUGACCAAUUUGUUCCUUUAUGUCGCCCCGGUCGGCCAAAUCCCCUUCCUCGACCUCCUGUUUCUCAAGAACCCCCUGUAUCUCAAGCUGUCUCAGUGGGGACUGGUAGACUCUACCUUCCCCGUCGCAAAGUUCGCCCGCGCCCGCAUGACCGAACGCCUGGGAACGGAGCUCAACGCAGACGGGUCCAAGAAGCAGCCGCUCCUCCCCGUCUCCGACACCAAGGUCGACGUCAAGUCCCCCGACCUGCUCUCCAAGUUCCUCGCCGCGCGCGAGGCCCGGCCGGACUUCAUGUCGGAUUCCCUCGUCCAGACCAUGGCCGUGUCGAUGGCCUUCGCCGGCUCCGAGACGACGGCCAUAUCCCUGGCGAGCGUCUUCUACUACCUGCUCCGCACCCCGGCCGCGCUGGACACGCUGAGGGCGGAGCUCGACGGGUUCGCCCGCGGUGGCGGCUUCAGCGACUACGACACGGGCCUUGUCACCUGGACCGAGGCGCAGAAGCUGCCCUACCUCGACGCCUGUAUCAAGGAGGCAUUCCGGCUGCACCCUGCCGCCGGCCUCCCGCUCGAGCGCAUCGUGCCUCCCCAGGGUGCCGAGAUCGCGGGACACCUUGUCAAGGGGGGUACCAUCGUCGGCUGCUCGGCGUGGAUCAUCCACCGCCGUCCUGAGAUAUGGGGCGAGGAUGUUGAUACGUACCGGCCCGAGCGAUGGCUUGUGGAUGAAUCUUUGUCAGGUUCGGCGAGGGACGAAGAGGAGAAGAAGAUCAAGGAGAUGAACGGGAUGAUGUUCCAGUUCGGUAUGGGAAGCCGUACGUGCAUCGGAAAGAACAUCAGUCUGCUGGAAAUCUACAAGCUGGUGCCGAGCUUGCUUCGGAGGUUCGAGUUGCGCUUCAAAGAUCCCAACGAGGAGUGGGAGUUGGUGAAUGCUUGGUUCGUCAAGCAGAACAACUUCCAGGCUAUGUUUGAGCCAAGAGAGAUCGUGAAACCUGUUGCUUAA